AUGUCCUUCGACUUUGAUAGUGGAGCUCUACAAACUCAACAUGAAGAUGAAGACUAUGACCAAGAGGAUUAUGCAAGAGAACAAGAGUUGCAACAACUAUUGACAGACCUUCCCCACGAUAUGCUGGAGGACAGUGGAGAUCAGCUCUCCAGCUAUUCAGACUGUAGCAUUCACGAGACUGAGGAGCAAUCACAUGAGCCUGGGAAGCAUGAUGGAAGGUGGAAUGAUCAUCCACUGAUAAGUGAUCCUCAAAAUGGUUAUGAGCAAGGACAGAAUCUGUACCCUGAACAAUUCUUGUGUGACCAGCAAAAUGAUCAUGUUGAAAAACAUGGAAAGAAUUGGAAUGGCCUACAUAAUGAUGAAGAGAAGAAACAUUUAUAUAAUGUUAAAGAUGAUUACUGUGGCCAGAAUGGUCAAGAGGAUCCUGAUGAUAUGUAUCUUGGUAGAGAUGAGUUUAAUUCUCCAAGUUGCUACCAACAGAACAAUGUGUAUCAUCUUCCUGAAAACUUCAGGCCGUAUACAAAUGGCCAUAAACCAGAACUUAACAAUCAGCAAAGUAAAAUAAUAAAUUUUCCAGAUGCUCCAAAGGAACAUCUUAAGCAAUUUGUUGCAUCUGGUGUUGUCAGUGGCCAAUCGCCAGAAUCUUACAAAGUGACUUAUAAACCAUACCAAAAUGGCAUUCAUCAAAAAAUUCCAGUAAUCCAGGAGGGGACCAGAAGAAAUGAGGUGUUUGAAGAUUUGCAACAUGAAUUCUUGGGCAAUGAUGAGAGUUCAGAAAAUAUGCAGAUUCUUCAGCUUCAAGUUCUAAAUAAAGCAAGAGAAAGACAACUGGAAGAACUGAAUGAAAAGUUAGAAAAGAGUGCACAGCAGAUUAGGUAUUUGAAUCAUCAACUUUCAAUGGUCACAGAUGAAAAGGAUGGUUUGGCUGUUAGUCUUCAUGAGUCUCAAAAACUCUAUCAGAAUGGGAAGGAACGGGAAAUGCAUCUUGAAGGUCAAAUAAAGGCUCUUGAAACUCAAAUUCAGACUCUUACUACCAACGAGGAGCAGAUAUUGAAGCAAUCCAAAGUGGCAGAAGUAGCCAUGGAAAGCAUGCAGAAGCAACUGUUAGAACUUCAGCGAUCAGAUGCCCUUCAGCGAGCCAGAGAACAACAUGAGGCCAUUGUUCAGGCACUCAAGCAGAAGUAUGAGAAACAAGUAUUGUCACUAGAGCAGAAGCUUGAUACUACAAAAUCUGCACUCCGAGAGCAGAAAGAGACUUGCAAAAAUCUAGGAGAGCAUGUUAAGCAACUUGAAAAAAUGCUGGAAGAAACCAAAUGCGAAAAAACUGAAAUAAUAAAUCGACUGACAAGAAGCCUAGAAGAAAGCCAAAAGCAAUGUGCAAAUCUACUGCAAACAGGCUCAAUGCAGGAGACAAAUCAGUUACGGUUUCAAUUGCAACAAGCUCAGUCUGCACAUAUGAUAAGCAACAACAUGAACAAGGCUCUGCAGGAAGAAUUAACGGAACUGAAGGAAGAAAUAGCUUUGUAUGAGUCUACUGCCAAGCUUGGAGUAUUUUUAAAUGAUGCAGGUGGAGAGCUGCAUACGAACCUGGGUGAUUCCUAUGUAGAUUUGGGAAUUAAGAAAAUCACCGGGAAGAAACCAAAGUUCUUCAGUGCAAUACAGAACAGAGACAUGGAUAAAGAGCUCUCUAAAGAUGAAAUUAUUGUAGAAUUAAAAGCUGAGCUGGAACGUUUAUUGAGCAGUAAUAAAAUGAAGAGAAACCAGAUUACUCAAUUACAAAAUGAUCUUAAAGAUUGCCAGAAGACAUUAGAGGAAUACAAGCAGUUGUUGAAAGCAGAAAAAGCAUCAAAACAGUCAGAGCUUGUCACAACUCUGAAUGAUACUUUGGUGGCCAGUCCUUCUGUUUCUGCUAAUCUUAAGGAAGAAGUUCUGAGACUCAGAAAGGCUAAUGAAACUUUGCUGCAAGAAGUUGAGAACCACACUUCGACUAUUGAAGAACUGAAGGAAAAUGAGGAAAAACUGAAAAGCUUAAAUCAAGAUCUCUGUUGUCAGAUGAGAAAGAUAGUUCAGGAUUUUGAUCAGGAUAAACAAGAAGCCAUUGACAGGUGUGAAAGAACUUAUCAGCAACAUCAUGAGGAUACAAAAGCACAUUUUGAGAAAGACCUGAUGGGGAGGUAUGCUGCUGAAAAACAGCAGCUUGUUCAAACUUAUGAAGAGACUAUCUCACAGUUAAAGGCUAACAUAGAGGAGCUGAACAGAGAGAUGACUGUAGUGAAGGAAUGUUACAUCGGGGUCUGUGGUGAGAAGGAUGCCUUGGAAGCUACUUUACGGCAGAAAUUUGAGCAAGAGCAGCAGCUGAAGGAAGAGAAGCUCAAGAAACAGCUACUAGAAGAAAAGGAAGACUCUCUUAACCUUCUGAGGACUGAGCUUGAAAAGAAACAUAGCAGUUUUAUGAUAGCAGCAAAGAGACAGUGGCUGGAAGAAAAAGAACAGCAGGUUGAAGAGGAAAUUGCAUUAGCAAAAGUCCACUGGGAGAAGGAAGAAAAAGAGAAUAAAGAACAAGUCUUUGCAAAAAUAGAAAGAGAAUGGCAAAGUAGACUGGAAGAAAUGAGAAGAACUGUAGUUGAAUGUAAUGACUGCAGCGGCCAAACUGAUGGAGUAACAGUUGUGGAUGGAUCUUCAACUAAAGAGUUAGAAGGGAUUGAAGACCAGAGGCUGCAGAUCCAGAAAGCUCUGAAAGAAAACAUGGCCUCUGAAGAGGCAUUAAAAGAGUUUGAAAUAGAACUGGAAAAUAAGUACCGUAAAAAUCUUUCUAGCCAGGUAGAUGCAGCUUUAACCUAAGCUCGUGCCAGGUGGCUGCAAGAGUUAACAGACCUCAAAGAGUACAAAUUAAAUCUAGAGAAAGAAAAGGAAAAAUGGGAAAAAGAGCAUGAAGAGACUGCAGCAAAGCAGUUAGCACUAGUUCUCUCAGCUGCUGAAGAGAAAUGGAAGAAAGAAUAUGAGAAUACAGAGAAAUCUGGACCAAGAAUUAAAGAACUUGAAGAAAAAGUAGCGUCUCUCAAGAAGGAAUUGGAGCUAAAGAGAGAAGAAAUCCCUGCAGCUAUCAAAGCAGAACUAGCAAAAGCCCGUGCUCAGUGGAACAAAGAAAAGCAAGAAGAAAUCCUGCAGAUACAAGAACAAAAUGAGAGAGACUACCGAUCAUUCUUAGAUGAUCACAGAAACAGAAUUAAAGAGGUACUUGCAACAGCAAAGGAGGAUCUUGCAAACCAGAAAAAUGAUCUCUCCAUUCAGAAAGAUGCAGAAAUUAAGAAGUUACUAGACCAAAAGCAGCGAGAAUGGGAGGCUCAGGAAACAAAGAGACUGCAGGAUGAAAUUAAUCGGUAUGAGGAGAAGACUCUGGUUGAGCUUGAGUACUUGUUGAGUGAAAUCCAUGAAGAACUAGUCAAGGUCACACAUAGUAAGCAUUCUUGGAAGGAUAAGUGUUUUGAUGCUCAUGUUCAGUUAAACCAUCAAUGCAAAGACAAGCUGAAGGCUUGCUUACAAAAGGCAUACAGAACUACAGUCUACACAAUUCUGGAAAAGGAAGAGCAAGAAUGGAAACAGAAAUAUGAAGAGCUAGUGAGUAAUGUAAAUAAAGAAUACUCUUGUCUGCAACGUAGUGAAGGAGGAACUGGGGACAUGACAAGACCUCCUGUGUGCAAACACCAAGCAGAAGCCCAAAGGAGGCCAAGACAGCCAUCCGUGCAGGAAACUGGAACAGACAAAGAAAAUGAGAAGGUUCUAGAAGCUCUAAUUGCAGAAAACACUGAAAUAAAGACUAAACUGAAAGACCUGGAAACACCACCAAGGUCAUUGUCAAAUGGAGGCGUCUCAAAGCCUUGUACAUCCUGUGACUCUGUGAAAGGGCUGGAAGAAAUGCGCGCUCAGUACAUUAAAGCUGUGAGCAAGAUUAAGUGUGAUAUGCUUUGUUAUAUCCGUGAAAGUAAGGAGCGAGCAGCUGAAAUGAUUAAAGCAGAGGUUUCAAGAGAGCGCCAAUCGACGGCACGGAAAAUGCGCAAGUACUAUUUGACAUGCCUUCAACAACUUCUUACUGAUAAUGGGAAACAGGAAGGAGCUGAAAAGAAAAUAAUGAAUGCUGCCAGUAAGCUUGCUGCAAUGGCUAAAGGACUUGAAACACCUCUUCGACACAUUCCCCAAAGCAAAUCUACUCGCUCAGGUAUGUUAGAUUCU